GCCUCUGGUGUGUUUACAUCUUCUGGCAAGGUGUCUUCUUUACUGGUAUUUGGGUGAUGGGUCACGAGUGUGGUCAUGGCGCGUUCUCCCCCUAUCCAUUGGUCAAUGACUGUGUUGGCUUUGUCCUCCACUCGGCCUUAUUGGUGCCGUAUUUUAGUUGGCAAUAUUCUCAUGCUAGGCAUCACAAAUUCACCAAUCAUAUAACCAGAGGCGAAACUCAC